ACCAUAAAUUUAAAGAUGUUUUCCGAUUGAUUGACGUAAUUUGAGGAAUAAUCACUGCUAAGUUGUUCCCAAUGCUUUUAUAUAUAUGAAAACGCUAUAUGCAUUUUACUUUUUCAACAAUUAUCGGACAGUAACGACAAACUCUUGGAUUAGAUAACAUACUACUCAAAAGAAGUAUUUAGUGCUCGUCAGACUGUGUGCUUAACUGAUAAAGGGAGCAGGUGUAUGCAAGUUAGUAGGAUACCUGCAAAUACUAAAGUUAAAAUGGCAGCGACACGAUGGGGAUGUUUGGGUCCGGGAAAGAUCUCAUACGACUUCUUCCUGGCCAUCCAGGACAACCUUCCCGCGCAGGAGCACGAGUUUAUUGCCGUCGCAUCACGGGAUGAGAAUCGGGCGAAGGAAUUUGCAGACAAGUUCAAAUUCAAACGGUAUUACAGCUCUUAUGACGAUGUUGCCAACGAUAAGGAUGUUGAUAUCGUCUACAUAGGAACCCUACACACCACUCACGUAGAGCUCUCCUUGAAGAUGUUGAAGGCUGGGAAGAGUGUAGUUUGCGAGAAGCCAAUGGCGAUGAACCUGAAACAAGCCAAGCUCGUUUUAGAUACGGCCAAAACAGAGAAACGACUCUUCAUGGAGGCUUGUUGGAGUCGUUUCUUCCCAGCUUACGAUCUGAUACGGUCUGAGCUGGACAAAGGAUCCCUUGGUGAAGUCCGCAUGGUUCAAGCCAAUUUUUGCCUUCAGAUCGCCCACGUAGACCGCGUAAAGAAGAUAUCGAUGGGAGGAGGCGGUUUGCUUGACCUCGGCAUCUACUGUAUACAGUUAGCUUGUCUCGUCUUCAAGGAAAUGCCUGAGUCCAUUACAGUAGUCGGAGGGCUAAUGGGGGACGUCGACGAAGGAGCGUGCGUCAUAUUAAAGUAUCGGGGUGGAGCGAUGGCCAACUUGACAUAUCACGUUAACAGCGGGCAGGGCAACAACUCCGCUGUCAUCCUUGGACAGAAAGGCAAAAUUGAGCUGGACGAUCCUUUCCAUUGCGCAACCCGAUGUCGCACCCCCUCGGGAGAACACGAAUUUCCGUUAAAGAACAACGACUAUAACUUCGUCAACAGUAGCGGAUUGUCGUAUGAGGCUGCCGCUGCACGGGACUCGCUCCUCAAAGGUGAGAUAGAGCACCCGAAAUACAGCCAUGCAGACAGCAUCAUGGUACACUCGAUAAUGGACGAGGUACGACGUCAGCUGGGAGUGAAGUACCCUGACUUCGACUGAGGACCGGAGAUGCUUGAAAUAGGUCCGGACAUUCCUGUGUCACUUAGUGUCAACGUAUACUUGAAUGUCUAUUGUUAACAUAAUAAGUAUAGUAUGGCCAUCGAUGGCCAGGAAUUGGAGUUUUAAUAACCAUGUAUACUGUUCAAUAUAAUUAUAAUCAAAGAUGUGGUUAGUAAUUAAAAUGUUAAUUUCCCUUAUAGACGUUAUUUCGUUUGUAUUACAAGUCUCUUCCCAUUAGUUUUACUUCUAUAUUAUACGCUCAUGAGUUGAUAAAAAAUAAACGAUUAAAUGAAAAAUGCUAGAUUAAAAAAAAUCGUCAUUAGAAUAGGACUAGGUCUUGUAACUUUCAUUGUUUGCGAAAUGCUGUGAAAAUGAGUGCAUUGAACUUUCUAGAACUCUUAAGUGUCUUACCAGCAGAACUUUAACUUAUUAAACCAACAAUUGUUCAAAUGCUAUUUCUUUAUUAAAAUGUUCCUUCUCAAUGUAAUAAUAUAGUUCUAGGUAUAACGUUUUCUAUGUCUUUAUCCAAACCUUACUCUAGCUUUAUAACAUGUGAUUCCAACACUUCCGGAACCCCCCGAUUUCCCGGACUCUCCCUACACAGAGAAAUAAUCCAACUUGAAAACAAAGAAUUUGAGGAAAAUAUGAGAGCUUAACAACCUCAAGCAAACACGUUUUUGUAAUUAACAUGACAACUUAUGCAUUACUGUGCAUUUGUAUCCAGUCGGCUGUCAAUCACUGAAGCAUACAUUAACAAUAAAAAAUAUCCUACAAUGAUUAAUAAAUGUUCAGUAUGAAAACAUGUAAGACACAUUAUCCAUUUUAUUAAAAGUCAAUUAUAUCAUAAAAAUAACGUUAAUAAGAUCAUUAUGUUAUACAAAUAAACAAUGCGAUUUUUUGGUAAAGUUGCCUUUUAGCCAUAGAUGGAUUGACCUUAAAUACUUGAGACUUGCCCGUUAAUUAUGUAAAAUGAUUUAUCUUCUAUGGUGACCUUAAAAAACUUAAAUGAAUAUCUAAACUAACGACUCAGUGCUUUCCUAAAAGAAAAGAGU